AUGGCUGAUGUCACAUGGGAUGAAAUUCGUAAUCUACGAGCUGAUUUUCUUAAUUUACAAUUAACAGAAACAGCUAACAAAUUAUCCGAACGAAAUUGUGUUGAAUUAAUUGGUCUUCUAGUUAAAGAAGGUUUGUUAAAUGUAAUUUAUACAACCGAUGGAAAAGAUAUUAUUACUGAGCAACGACUUAUUCGAGAAAUUCUCGAUGA